CCCUAACCCUCCUACUCCCCUAACCCUCCUACUCCCCUAACCCUCCUACUCCCCUAACCCUCCUACUCCCCUAACCCAUCCAGCAUGUCCUUCUCUCCCUCACCCUCUUCCCCUAACUCUUCCCUCCCCACUUCAUCCUCCCAGGGAUCGACGUGCCAACUGGACGAGUCCUACAAGCACAUCUUUCUCCCUAUCUGCUACCUCUUCACCUUUCUGCUGAGCCUGGGCCUCAACUCCGUGGUCCUGACACGUUGCCUACGCCACCCACGGAACCCAUCUCUGGUCUACAUGUUCAACCUGGCCCUCAGCGACCUGAUGUACAGUCUGUCUUUACCCUUCCUCAUCACUAGCUACAUCUCCCGUGACAGAUGGCUCUUUGGGGACCCCAUGUGUCGCUUAGUCCGUUUCCUCUUCUACUUUAACCUCUACUGCAGCAUAUUCUUCCUCACCUGCAUCUCAUACCAUCGCUACCGGGGCAUCUGCCACCCAAUGCGCACGAUGCGUAUAGAGACCCUACGAUGGGUGAGGGCUACCUGUGUGCUGGUCUGGACCCUUGUAUUUGCUUUGACAUCACCUAUUCUGUUCUUUGCCCGGACGGGACCCCUAGAUGGUCCAGUUGAUGGAGUAACAUGUUGGGAUGAUGCCCUUGAUGAAGACCUUCCUAAAUAUGUACCCUAUGGGGUAUUCCUGCACAUUUCUGGCUUCUUCUUGCCAUUCUCACUCACUGCCUGGUGCUACUCCCGGGUGGUACGUACACUGUGCCGGACAUUAAAGGGGGGCGUUGUGCCUGGACCUGUGCCUGGAGUUGCUCAGAGGCGCAAAUCAAUCCGGACCAUUGUCACAAUCACCCUCCUUUUUGCCCUUUGCUUUUUGCCCUUUCAUGUAACCCGUACGAUAUUUUUGGCCCUAAGGGCAGGAGGAGCUGCCCUGGGUGGUUGCCGCGCACUCGGGGUGGUGGCUGUCUGCUAUAAGGUUACUAGACCCCUGGCCAGUGCUAAUGCCUUUCUCAAUGCCUUGUUGUACUUUUUAACCAAGGAACCCUGCGGUCGAGGGAACAGGGGCAAAAGAGGAGAGCCUAUAUCAAAGCCAGAAGGCAAGAAAGGACCAUUAAAAGAAUCUCAGGUCUGGGGCAACAUUUACCCUUCUUUCCCGUGAGAUGUUCAAAAGAAAGAUGACCAGCCCUGAGUAAUAUAGUUCCUACCUGUGAUGGGCUUUCCGCCUGAGACAAGAUGGCUGUGCUGGGCUUGGGGAGAUGGGUAUGUAGACGGUCUCCCCUGCUUGGGCGUGCCUGGAGGUUCUCGACCUGUGGAGCAUUUAGUUGGAUGGACAAUGUGCCAUGUUGCCAAUGGAUACCCCAUGGAUACCCCAAUGGAUACCCCAUGAACUUGGAUACAAUGAAGGAGGGGCUUCAUCUCCAGGAGGAGGAGGGGGCUUCAUCUUCCUCCAUGGUCCACAGUGGGACAUGUACUGUUCCUGUCCAUCUAUGACUGCAUACGCCUUUUAAUAUAUACCUCUGCCUUUUAUGGAGCCUUUAAUAUAUAUAUAUACUAUACUGGGAUAUUUAUCAUUUAACCCUUUUGUAAUUAAAUCACCGCAUUGCCCUUGUGUUCAACAUUUAUAAAAAGAAAACAUGUUGUGUCAAGGCUCCAAAAAUGUUGUUUUAUGUUCCUGGUGUCCAGAAACCAGCAGGGUUAACCCAUGUUAGGAGGUGGCUUUUUUUAGGGGGUCUCAGGCAUCCAUUGGUCACGUGGCACCGACAUGUUACACACACUGAAUCUCUGACCCAGUGGAACGUAUAAUCUAAGCUUCCUACUACACACACACUAGAGUUGGAACAUCUAGAACCAUUGUUUUAUCUUGUUGCAGUGUAGAAGGAGCCCCAUGUAGACACAGGGAGAACCUA